AUGAAACUCUUAAUUUUGAUAUUUUCUAUAACAUUAUUUUCUUUGGGUUUGGCUGUAAAUUCUACGCCUUUAUUUAAUAGCAUCAAGAUUGAUAAUGACGAUGGGUCAAAGAAGCCAUAUGUUGUUGUAAUUAAAUCAAAAAAAUCAGAAUUGCCAUUAAAUAUCAACCAACCAUCAUCAUCAUCAUCUAUAAAACCUUCUUCAUUACACACCAUAUAUGAAGAUCACAUUGCAUGGAUUUCUUCUGAAAAUCAAAUUGAAUCAACUGUAUCAAAAUUAAAAAAUGAAUCAACUAUUAUUACAACUGCUAGUUACUUAGGACUAUUUAAACCACAAUUUGUUGAAGAAAUACUUAGUAAAAGAGAUGACGUGGAGAUAGUCGAGCCUGAUUCUGAAGUUGAGGUUGCUUAUGAUCCAUAUGAUUAUCAUAAUCUCAAUACAGAAAAUGGUGGUAGUGAAGAGGAUUAUUAUUAUAAUAAUGAUGAAAUUGAUUAUAAAUUAAAUGAUGAUGAUG